GUCCGACUUCCUCCUGGUCCCUGAUUCCCUUCGUUCGGAUUUUUCGACACAUGUCCUCUCCCCCGCCUCUCUAAGAGCUGGUCUCAUCUGGUGCUGUGUUUGGGCAGGACCUCCCAGGAACCUACUGCUAGCUAGCUAACUUACUACCCAUCCGACCUUCCGACCAACCUCCUGCUUUGUCUCACCCUCGCUUCCUCCAGGAUGGGCCUUUCGUUGCUGUCCUUCUUCUAAUCCGACCACUUCCCAAUGGGUUUGCUCGCCAGUUUUCUUUUCGUCUACAUCCUUGGGGGACUUACCUUUAUCCCGCUCGUCCUGUCGCUCCUCUUCCUCCAUGCUUACUUGACCCUCCGAUCCCCCCCACCGCCGGCCCAGAAGCCAUGCGACCUGCCACACGAUCCGAUCCGGCGAGCGACCGACGAUCAGUACAGUCUCAAAUCCGGCACCGAUGAAUUGGCCGACAAGUUCCAUCGCACGCACGAGCCUGACGUCGCGGCCGGAUACUUCGCCGUCUGUCGUGAAUAUGUUCCUGGUGGAGUCAAUGGGAAGCCUCCCGAGCGAACCACGCCGGCGGGUGAGGUGAUCGCCGCGGAGAGCCCCAGCGUCUACCAAACUAUGUACAGGAGUUUAUUCGACCGCAAGCAGACCCCGACCAUCGAGCCGUCCAAGGCGAAUGGGAGAAAUGGGAAAAGGGCGCGGAACGUUUUCUUUAUUGUCUUGAGGCAUGGCCACUUGAUGCUGUAUGACGAUGAACACCAGGUGGAGGUGCGCUAUGUCAUCUCCCUCGCCCACCACGACGUGAGCAUCUACGGCGGGGAAGGAGAGAUCCAAGAGGGGGAAUUAUGGCUGAAGAGGAAUGCCAUCUCCCUGACACGGCGGUUGGAAUCGCUGGGAGACCUGGGCGGACCAACUCCUCCCUUCUUCCUCUUUUCCGAGAACCUGUCGGAGAAGGAGGAUUUCUAUUUCGCCAUGCUCCAGAAUCAGGCUCGAAUGGGGAACUCGUCGGACGGCCCUCCCAAGUACCAAUCCUUCGAAACGAGGCACAUCAUUGCCUUGGUCCAGCGUUUGCAUUCUUCCGAGGAGCAGCUGCAGACUCGAUGGAUUAACGCCGUGCUGGGAAGGUUGUUCCUUGCCAUGUAUAAGACGCCGGAGAUGGAAGAGUUUAUUCGCAAGAAGAUUACGAAAAAGAUCUCCCGCGUCAAUAAACCGAACUUCAUCAGCCGGAUCGGCCUGCAACGGAUCGACAUGGGCGAAGGUGCCCCCUUCAUCAUCAAUCCCCGACUGAAGGACUUGACGGUCGACGGGAAUUGUUGCGUGGAAACCGACGUUCAGUAUACGGGCAACUUCCGCGUGGAGAUCUCCGCCACGGUGCGCAUAGACCUGGGUCCUCGGUUCAAGGCCCGGGAGGUCGACAUCGUUUUGGCCGUCGUGCUGAAAAAGCUCGAGGGUCACCUGCUGAUCCGGUUCAAGCCCCCUCCCAGCAAUCGUGCCUGGAUUUCGUUCGAAUCCAUGCCGAACAUGUCCAUGGACAUCGAACCAAUCGUUAGCUCGAAGCAGAUCACAUACGGCAUCAUCCUCCGCACCAUCGAGAGUCGGAUUCGGGAGGUUGUCGCGGAAAGUAUUGUUCAGCCUUUCUGGGACGACGUGCCGUUCCUGGACACUUUGUCGCAACGCUUCCGUGGAGGAAUCUGGCAGCGGGAGAUCCCCAAACCCGAAUCCGAGACCGAGAUCCCGGAUGAAUCUGGCGAACAACCUCAGGAAUCAAGCGGCUCCAAAGACGAGUCGAUCGAAGUGCUGAAAUCCAAGGAUGAGCGCACGAUGAGUGCACCUGCACUUUCCGAGCCUGCGCCUCCCGAGUCACUGAAAUCUCGCAAGGGCUCCAAGGGGUCCAUAAAGGAGAAUUCGGGCCCCCAUAACACCAGCGCCUUGUCGUCCGCCAUCGAAAAAUCCGGUGGCUCCCCUCCACGGGCAAUUCGAUCCCAGACCUUUUCUCAUGCCGCCGAUCCGGUGGUUACGGCGGACAACGUGAACGUUGACAAGGCUACGUACGACGGCAAGACCGACGAGAAAAGCAGCGCUACUAGCGCUAUGAUUGAAAUCUCCAGCCGAUCUCCUCCGUCCUCCCCGGCCAAGACGCCCGGCGGUUCGCCGCCUGCGGACAGCCAAAUUGGAAUGGACGGCGCUGCUGCACAGAGUCGGGAUCCGUCGAUCGUCGAGUCCAUCGAGAGCGUCGGGGAGUUCAGCAAUGACUCGCCGCGGCGUUCCUCUUCCAUCCACCACAAAGCCAGCGACUCGUCUCUGCACCUCAGGAGUGCUGCCGCCAGCUCCACCGCGUCAUUGAAUAGCAGCAAACCGCGGCGACGCACCACGUUCGAGACCCUGACCAAAUCCAUCACCUCCGCAUCCUCGGACAACAAAACCCCGGGUUCCAUCUCGAUCGGAACGGCAACCUCCGUGGCCAGGAAAUGGGGCUGGAACAUGUUUGGCAAGGGCGAAAACCACAAUCAACCCGAGCCACCUCGUCCUGCGGGCACCCCGGAGGAGCCUAUCGGACGCGGCCAUCCGCUACCUCCUCCAGGGACCCCCCUGCCACCUCCCGAGAGAUUUGCCUUCAAAAGGAAUUCUGGUGCCCCGCCGAAGCGCAAACCUGUUCAUCCCGACGGCCCUCAUGGGUCGACCAAAGACGAGCACAAGAGGCCCGUCUCCAAGCCCCCUUUGCCUCGACGGAAGCCGGUGUUCAACCCGGAAGACGGCGAUCACGUUCCGGACGAGCUGUUGGUCGUCGAGGCUCCCUACGAUUCAGCUCCCAACAGUCCGGCCGUCGACGUGACUCCUGAUGUGGACCUGCCUGAACCGCAGAAGGGGCAACGCCCACCUUCUUCCGAGGAGACGCAGACCAGCGCUCCGACAGUCGAGGGACAUGAUCAGGACACUGAAGAUCACCAUUCCCUGGGUCAUGGUAAACAUGGUAUGGAGAUCUUAUCGGCAACCGAUGGGAUUCUUCCGUGACGGGAAUGGUGGAUGACUUGGGUGAAGAGGCUUAUAUAGACCGGAGACGGCUCGGUGUUUAAGUCGUGAUCUUUUCUUUUUGCGAACCCGACAUGGUGUCUUGGGAAGCGGGCGUUUGAGAAUUUGCGAUACUUGCUUUCAUGGGAAUAAACCAGAUCCGACAUUUCUAGCCAAAUCCAUUGCUCUUCAAGAUUUUGGGA